AUGGGCGUCCCCAACGGCACCAGGCCUGAAAUCCCUUCGCAUUUCAUCGGUGGUAACCAUCUCGAGGCCGCUCCUCCGAGUUCGGUCAAGGACUUUGUGGCCCAGCAUGACGGUCACUCGGUUAUCAGCUCGGUUCUGAUUGCCAACAACGGUAUCGCUGCCGUCAAAGAAAUUCGCUCCGUCCGGAAAUGGGCCUACGAGACCUUUGGCAACGAGCGUGCCAUCCAGUUCACAGUCAUGGCUACUCCGGAAGAUUUGACCGCAAACGCAGACUACAUUCGUAUGGCAGACCAAUAUGUCGAAGUUCCCGGUGGUACCAACAAUAACAAUUAUGCCAACGUCGAGCUGAUUGUCGAUGUUGCUGAGCGUAUGGACGUUCACGCCGUUUGGGCUGGUUGGGGUCACGCCUCUGAGAACCCUCGGUUACCGGAAUCUCUCGCUGCUUCGCCUAAGAAGAUUAUCUUCAUUGGUCCUCCCGCCUCUGCUAUGCGCUCUCUGGGUGAUAAGAUUUCUUCGACUAUUGUCGCACAACACGCUGGUGUACCCUGUAUACCGUGGUCUGGAACUGGCGUUGAUGCUGUCCGGAUUGAUGAACACGGCAUUGUUACAGUUGAUGAUGAUGUUUACAACAAGGGGUGUACCUUUUCGCCUGAAGAGGGUCUCGAAAAGGCCAAGGAGAUUGGUUUCCCCGUUAUGAUCAAGGCCUCCGAAGGUGGCGGCGGUAAGGGUAUCCGUAAGGUUGAGAAGGAGGAGGAAUUCAUCAGCUUGUAUAAUGCGGCUUCCAACGAAAUCCCCGGUUCCCCCAUCUUCAUCAUGAAACUGGCCGGUGAUGCCCGCCAUUUGGAAGUCCAACUUUUGGCCGACCAGUACGGAAACAACAUUUCUCUCUUUGGCAGAGAUUGUUCGGUUCAGCGACGACACCAGAAGAUUAUUGAAGAAGCCCCUGUUACCAUCGCCAAGCCCCCCACCUUUCAGUCCAUGGAGCGCGCCGCUGUGAGCCUGGGUAGAUUGGUCGGCUACGUCUCCGCUGGUACUGUCGAGUAUCUCUACUCGCACGCUGAAGACAAGUUCUACUUCUUGGAAUUGAACCCUCGUCUUCAGGUCGAGCACCCUACCACCGAAAUGGUUUCUGGUGUCAACCUUCCCGCCGCUCAACUGCAGAUUGCCAUGGGUAUCCCUCUGCACCGCAUCCGUGACAUUCGUCUCCUUUACGGUGUUGACCCCAACACCUCGUCCGAUAUGGACUUUGACUUCUCCAACGAGGAGAGCUUCCAGAUCCAGCGUCGCCCGCAGCCCAAGGGCCACACCACCGCCUGCCGUAUCACCUCUGAGGACCCUGGUGAGGGCUUCAAGCCGUCGGGCGGUACUAUGCACGAGCUGAACUUCCGGAGUUCCUCCAACGUCUGGGGUUACUUCUCCGUCGGUACGGCGGGUGGUAUUCACAGUUUCUCCGACAGUCAGUUCGGUCACAUUUUCGCCUACGGUGAGAACCGGUCCGCUUCGCGGAAGCAUAUGGUCAUUGCCCUGAAGGAAUUGAGCAUUCGUGGUGACUUCCGGACUACCGUCGAGUACCUGAUCAAGUUGCUCGAGACUCCUGCCUUCGAGGACAACACCAUCACCACCGGUUGGCUCGACCAGCUGAUCUCCAACAAGUUGACCGCCGAGCGUCCCGACCGGUACGUUGCUAUCCUGUGCGGUGCCGUGACCAAGGCCCACCAGGCGAGCGAACAGGGUAUCGAGGAGUACCGCAAGGGUCUUGAAAAGGGUCAGGUGCCUUCCAAGGAUGUCCUCAAGACCGUAUUCCCCGUCGACUAUAUCUACGAGGGCGAGCGGUAUAAGUUCACCGCCACCCGCGCCAGCUUGGACAGCUACCACCUGUUCAUCAACGGCUCCAAGUGCUCCGUCGGUGUGCGUGCCCUCGCUGAUGGUGGUCUGCUCGUCCUCCUGAACGGCCGCAGCCACAACGUGUACUGGAAGGAGGAAGCCGCCGCCACCCGUAUCAGUGUGGAUGGCAAGACCUGUCUGCUGGAGCAGGAGAAUGACCCUACCCAGCUGCGUACGCCUUCUCCCGGUAAGCUUGUCAAGUUCACCGUCGAGAACGGCGAGCACGUCAAGGGUGGCCAGCCGUACGCGGAGGUUGAGGUUAUGAAGAUGUACAUGCCUCUGAUUGCCCAGGAGGACGGUAUCGUCCAGUUCAUCAAGCAGCCCGGUGCCACUCUCGAGGCUGGUGACAUCCUUGGUAUCCUCGCUCUGGACGACCCCUCGCGCGUCAAGCACGCCCAGCCCUUCACUGGGCAGCUGCCGGACAUUGGUCCUCCUCAGGUGACCGGAUCCAAGCCCCCUCAACGGUUCUUCCUCCUCUACAGCAUUCUGGAGAACAUCCUGAGAGGUUUCGACAACCAGGUCAUCAUGAACUCGACCCUGAAGGAGUUGGUUGAGGUGCUCCGCAAUCCCGAGCUGCCCUACGGCGAAUGGAACGCCCAGUCCUCUGCACUGCAUUCCCGUAUGCCCCAGAAGCUCGACGCCCAGCUUCAGGCCGUUGUCGACAAGGCUCACGGCCGCAAGGCCGAGUUCCCCGCCAAGCAGCUGCAGAAGACUGUCGCCAAGUUCAUUGAUGAGAACAUUCUGAACGCCGCUGAUGCAGAGAUACUCAAGACCACUCUCCUCCCUCUGACGCAGGUCAUUAACAAGUACAUGGAGGGUCUCAAGGCCCACGAGUACAACGUCUUCAUCAGCCUUCUCGAGCGGUACAAUGACGUCGAGAGCCUAUUCUCCCUGCGCAACAUUCGGGACGAAGAUGCCGUCCUGAAGCUGAGAGACGAGCACAAGGACGACAUCACCAGUGUUGUGCACACCGUUCUCUCCCACAGCCGCAUCGGUUCCAAGAACAAUCUCAUCCUCGCCAUCUUGGACAUGUACCGUCCCAACCGGCCUGGCGUGGGCAACGUCGGCAAGUACUUCAAGCCCAUCCUUAAGAAGCUCACCGAGCUCGAGUCUCGCUCCGCUGCCAAGGUCACCCUCAAGGCCCGUGAGCUUCUCAUUCAGUGCGCUAUGCCCUCGUUGGAGGAGCGGUUAUCGCAGAUGGAGCUUAUUCUGCGCUCUUCUGUCGUAGAGUCGCGGUAUGGUGAGACCGGCUUCGACCACCGGGAGCCCGACUUUUCUGUGCUCAAAGAGGUUGUUGACUCCAAGUACACCGUGUUCGAUGUUCUACCUCGGUUCUUCGUUCACCAGGAUGCCUGGGUUACUCUGGCUGCGCUGGAGGUCUACGUUCGCCGUGCCUACCGUGCGUACACCUUGAAGGGCAUGCAGUACAACGCCUCGAGCGGCGAGUCUCCCUUCCUCUCGUGGGACUUCACUCUGGACAAGCUCGGUCAGCCUGAGAUUGGCCCCGUCGCCUCCACCCAUCCUUCGACUCCCAGCACCCCCGUUACCGAGUCUCCUCACCCGUUCAAGCGCAUCAACUCGAUCAGCGACUUCUCGUAUAUCCUGGAUGAGAACAACGAGCCCAUCCGCAAGGGUGUUAUUAUGCCCAUCCAGUACCUCGAGGAUGUCGAGGAAGCCGUGUCCCGCGCUCUGGAGGCCUUCCCCGUCGCCGGUUCGAAGAAGCCCAGCGACGCCCUUCUCGCCAACUUGGAAGGCAAGCGCAAGCCGUCCCUCAAGAUCGAGCACGAGCACGAGCUCACCGGUGUCUGCAACAUCGCUGUUCGUGACGUCGAGGAUCUCGAUGACAAGCAGAUCGUCGCCCAGAUCAGCAGCCUGCUCGGUGACCUCAAGGACGAGCUUCUGUCCCGCCGUAUCCGUCGUGUGACUGUGAUCUGCGGCAAGGACGGUGUUUACCCUGGCUACUAUACCUUCCGUGGACCUAGCUACGAGGAGGAUGAGAGUAUCCGUCACAGCGAGCCUGCUCUGGCUUUCCAACUGGAACUGCACCGUCUGUCUAAGUUUAAGAUCACACCUGUUUUCACCGAGAACCGCAACAUCCACGUCUACGAAGCUAUUGGCAAGGGUCCCGAGAACGACAAGGCCGUUGACAAACGCUACUUCGUCCGUGCAGUCGUUCGUCCGGGCCGCUUGCGUGACGACAUCCCCACGGCUGAGUACCUGAUUUCAGAGGCUGACCGGUUGAUGAACGACAUCUUGGAUGCCUUGGAGAUUAUUGGCAACAACAACUCCGAUCUGAACCACAUCUUCAUCAACUUCUCGCCUGUGUUCAACCUGCAGCCCCAGGAUGUCGAAGAGGCCUUGGCUGGCUUCUUGGAGCGCUUCGGUCGUCGCCUGUGGAGACUGCGUGUCACUGGUGCUGAGAUCCGUAUCCUCUGCACGGACCCCACCACUGGCAUGCCCUACCCUCUGCGUGUGAUCAUCACCAACACCUACGGUUUCAUCAUCCAGGUUGAGCUGUACAUCGAGAAGAAGUCUGAGAAGGGCGAGUGGAUAUUCCACAGCAUCGGCGGUACUAACAAACUUGGUUCCAUGCACUUGCGUCCUGUUUCCACUCCCUACCCGACCAAGGAGUGGCUGCAGCCCAAGCGUUACAAAGCUCACCUGAUGGGUACUCAGUACGUAUACGAUUUCCCUGAGCUCUUCCGCCAGGCCUUCCAGAACAGCUGGACCCGGGCUAUUUCCAAGAUCCCCAGCUUGGCCUCCCAGCGUCCCCCUGUUGGCGAGUGCAUCGACUACAACGAGCUUGUCCUCGAUGACACCGACAACCUAAUUGAGAUCAACCGUGGCCCUGGUACCAACACCCACGGUAUGGUUGGAUGGCUCGUCACCGCCUGGACCCCCGAGUACCCCAAGGGCCGCCGCUUCAUCAUUGUGGCCAACGAUAUCACCUUCCAAAUCGGUUCGUUCGGUCCCUUGGAAGACAAAUUCUUCCACAAGUGUACCGAAUUGGCCCGCAAGCUUGGUAUCCCGCGUCUCUACCUGUCUGCCAACUCGGGUGCCCGCAUCGGUAUGGCCGACGAGCUAAUCCCCUACUUCAGCGUCGCUUGGAACGACCCUGCCAACCCCCCGGCUGGUUUCAAGUACCUGUACUUGACUCCUGAGGUUAAGAAGCAGUUCGACGCCAAGCAGAAGCAGGAAGUCAUCACGGAACUCAUCACCGAGGACGGUGAGGAACGCCACAAGAUCACCACUGUCAUUGGUGCCAACGACGGCCUUGGUGUCGAGUGUCUCAAGGGCUCUGGUCUCAUUGCAGGUGCCACCUCGCGAGCCUACGAGGACAUCUUCACCAUCACCCUGGUCACCUGUCGUUCUGUUGGUAUCGGUGCUUACCUUGUCCGUCUCGGGCACAGAGCCGUCCAGGUUGAGGGUCAGCCGAUCAUCUUGACUGGUGCUCCCGCCAUCAAUAAGCUGCUUGGUCGUGAGGUCUAUACUUCCAACCUGCAGCUCGGUGGCACGCAGAUCAUGUACAAGAACGGUGUCUCGCACAUGACUGCCAACGACGACUUUGACGGUGUGCAGAAGAUCGUCGAGUGGAUGUCUUUCGUCCCGGACAAGAAGGGCGCUCCUAUCCCCAUCCGCCCCUGGUCUGACGAUUGGGACCGUGAUGUCGCUUACUACCCGCCGCAGAAGCAGGCCUACGACGUCCGCCACCUCAUUAGCGGUAAAGAGGAUGAGGAAGGCUUCUUGCCCGGUCUGUUCGACAAGGACUCCUUCGAGGAGGCUCUUGGCGGAUGGGCUCGCACUGUUGUUGUUGGUCGUGCUCGCCUUGGCGGUAUCCCUAUGGGUGUCAUUGCUGUCGAGACCCGCUCGGUCGAGAACGUCACCCCUGCUGAUCCUGCCAACCCCGACUCUAUGGAGUUGAUCAGCCAGGAAGCCGGUGGAGUGUGGUACCCCAACUCCGCGUUCAAGACGGCUCAGGCCCUGCGCGACUUCAACAACGGUGAGCAGCUGCCCGUCAUGAUCCUAGCCAACUGGCGUGGUUUCUCUGGUGGUCAGCGCGACAUGUAUAACGAGGUGCUCAAGUACGGUUCGUACAUCGUCGAUGCACUCGUCAAGUACGAGCAGCCCAUCUUCGUGUACAUUCCUCCCCACGGCGAGCUUCGUGGUGGUUCGUGGGUCGUCAUCGACCCCUCCAUCAAUCCUGAUCAGAUGGAAAUGUACGCCGACGAAGAGUCCCGUGGUGGCGUCCUCGAACCCGAGGGUAUCGUCAACAUCAAGUACCGCCGCGACAAGCAGCUCGACACCAUGGCCCGUCUGGACCCGACCUACGGCGAGCUCCGCCGCGCCCUGCAAGACACCACCCUCAGCAAGGAGCAACUCUCCGAGAUCAAGACCAGGAUGGCCGCUCGCGAAGAGCAGCUCCUCCCUGUGUACAUGCAGAUUGCCCUGCAAUUCGCCGACCUGCACGACCGUGCCGGCCGCAUGCAAGCCAAGAACACCAUCCGCCGCGCACUCACCUGGAAGAAUGCCCGUCGCUUCUUCUACUGGCGUCUGCGCCGCCGUCUCAGCGAGGAGCUUAUCGUCAAGCGUAUGGUCGCUGCUGCUCCUGCCCCGGCUGGUACUGGUAACGGCGCCAUCGCUGCCAACGUCCCCGCGCCUGCUGGACAGACCGAGCCCUCUCGCGCCUCGCACCUGCACACUCUGCACGCGUGGACGGGCAUGCUGGACGAUGAACUCGAAAAUGACGACCGCAAGGUGGCCACGUGGUACGAGGAGAACAAGAAGGCGAUCCAGACGAGGAUUGAGAGUCUGAAGACGCAGUCCGUUGCGACGGAUGUGGCAUCGCUGCUUAUUGGUAACAAGGAGGGUGGUUUGAAGGGUGUGCAGCAGGUGCUUAGCAUGUUGCCUGUUGAGGAGAAGGAGGCUGUGCUUAAAUAUUUGUCUUCUUAA